AUGGGGAGCCCCCGGGCCGCGCUGCUCUUGCUGCUCCUGCGCCCGGUCAAGCUGCUGCGGAGGCGCUUCCGGCUGUUGCUGGCUCUCACCGUGGUGUCGGUGGGGCUCUGGACUCUUUAUUUGGAACUGGUGGCGUCAGGCCAGGUCGGCGGGAACCCCUCGAACCGCAGGUAUGGCAGCUGGAGCGAACUGGCCAAAGCUCUGUCCAGCAGAAACAUCCCAGCUGUGGAUCCAAAUCUCCAGUUCUACCACCCCCAGAAGUUGGGCCUCAAGAACCAAGAAACUGACCAAGGUGGUAGCAGUAACAGCAGCUACUUGAAGUGGAACAAGCCUGUCCCCUGGCUCUCAGAGUUCCGGGGUCGUGCCAACCUGCAUGUGUUUGAAGACUGGUGUGGCAGCUCCAUCCAGCAGCUCAGGAGGAAUCUCCACUUCCCACUGUACCCCCACGUCCGCACAACCCUGAGGAAGCUGGCUGUGUCCCCUAAAUGGACCAACUAUGGCCUCCGCAUCUUUGGCUACCUGCACCCCUUCACUGACGGGAAAGUCCAGUUUGCCAUUGCUGCAGAUGACAAUGCUGAAUUCUGGCUGAGCCGUGACGACCAGGUCUCAGGCCUUCAGCUGCUGGCCAGUGUGGGCAAGACUGGAAAGGAAUGGACUGCCCCUGGAGAGUUUGGGAAGUUUCGGAGUCAAAUUUCCAAGCCAGUGGGCCUGUCAGCCUCCCACAGGUACUACUUUGAGGUGCUGCACAAGCAGAAUGAUGAAGGCACCGAUCAUGUGGAAGUUGCAUGGCGACGGCAUGACCCUGGAGCCAAGUUCACCAUCAUUGACUCAGUUUCCCUGUCCCUCUUCACAAAUGAGACGAUCCUGAGAAUGGAUGAGGUGGGCCACAUACCACAGACAGCGGCCAGCCAUAUAGGCUCCCAAGACUCUCUUCCCAAAGAUGAGCAGUCUCUGGCUGACAUGCUGCGGCCUGACCCUCGGGACUCCCUCUAUCGAGGGCCUCUGAUCCCCAAGUCUCGUCUCCGCCAUGUCCUGCCCGAUUGUCCCUACAAGCCCAGCUACCUGGUGGAUGGGCUCCCUCUGCAGCGCUACCAGGGACUCCGGUUUGUCCAUCUGUCCUUUGUUUACCCCAAUGACUAUACCCGCCUGAGCCACAUGGAGACCCAUAACAAAUGCUUCUACCAGGAAAGCACCUACUACCAGGACAGGUUCAGCUUUCAGGAGUACAUCAAGAUUGACCAGCCUGAGACUCGAGAACCAGAGCAGCCAGGCUCUGAGGAGGGCCUUCUUGAAGAUUCCCAGUACGGAGAUAUGGCAGAGGAGACCCCUGCCCCCAAUGACCAGAACUCCAGGAUGCCCACCUCCACCCCUGGGCAGGACAUCACUGACUACCACCUCCGGAGCCUGCGGAGGCUUCUGGUUCAGCCUCAGGAGGGCCUGCUGGUGCCUUUUUCCAAGCAGAACUCCACAGCUCUCUCCCCAGUGAGGAUCAGUGACAUCCCAGCCCAGCAACCAAAGAAGAGGGAAAGAAAACCCAGCCCUGAGCUCAGCCAAGAUUUUCCUCAUUCUGACCAGUGGCUCCCUGGGCGCCUGGCAGGGAGCCUGCCUCAAAUGAAGGGGCCUGGGCCCACUGGUGACGGCCCCAGGAGGACUCUAGAGCAGUCCCAAUGGCUGAGUCAAGUGGAGUCAUUCAUUGCAGAGCAGAAGAGGGGAGACAGGAUGGAGCCUCAGGCCUCCAGGAGGGGUUGGCAUGGAGGGGAGGAGGUGGUAGUGGUGGCUGCAGGCCAGGAAGGACAAGAGGAAGGAGAGGAAGAGGGAGAAGAAGAGGAAGAGGAAGAGGAUGUGAGUGAAGUGUUCGAAUAUGCGCCUGUGUUUGACCCAGUAGUAAACUGGGACCAGACCUUUAGUGCCCGGAACCUCGACUUCCAAGCCCUGCGAACUGACUGGAUUGAUCUGAACUGUAACACAUCUGGCAACCUUCUGCUUCCGGAGCAGGAGGCUCUUGAGGUCACGCGGGUCUUCUUGAAGAAGCUCAACCAGAGGAGCCGGGGGAGGUACCAGCUGCAGCGCAUCGUGAACGUGGAGAAGCGGGAGGACCAGCUACGUGGGGGCCGUUACCUCCUGGAGCUUGAGCUGCUGGAACAAGGCCAGCGCCUGGUGCGGCUCUCUGAGUACGUGUCUACGCGAGGCUGGCAGGGCAUCGAUCCAGCUGGCGGGGAGGAGGUGGAGGCCCGGAACCUGCAAGGCCUGGUCUGGAGUCCCCACAACCACCGGAGACAAGCCCUGAAUGCCCGGGUCCCAGAGCCGAAGCUGUGCUGGCCCCUGGGCUUCUCCUGGAAUCACCGAGCCAUAGUCCAUUUCAUCGUGCCUGUGAAGAACCAAGCUCGCUGGGUGCACCAGCUCAUCAGAGACAUGGAAAAGCUGUUCCAGGUCACCGGUGACCCGCACUUCAACAUCAUCAUCACUGACUACAGCAGUGAGGACAUGGAUGUUGAGAUGGCACUGAAGAGGUCCAAGCUGCGGAGCUACCAGUACAUGAAGCUAAAUGGAAACUUUGAGCGCUCAGCUGGACUUCAGGCUGGCAUAGACCUGGUGAAGGACCCACACAGCAUCGUCUUCCUCUGUGACCUCCACAUCCACUUCCCAGCUGGGAUCAUUGAUACCAUCCGGAAGCACUGUGUUGAGGGCAAGAUGGCCUUCGCUCCCAUGGUUAUGAGGCUGCAUUGUGGGGCCACCCCCCAGUGGCCUGAGGGCUACUGGGAGGUGAAUGGGUUUGGACUGCUUGGCAUCUAUAAGUCAGACCUGGACAGGAUCGGGGGCAUGAACACCAAGGAGUUCCGAGACCGCUGGGGCGGGGAGGACUGGGAACUGCUGGACAGGAUCCUCCAAGCAGGCCUGGAAGUAGAACGUCUGGCCCUCAGGAAUUUCUUCCAUUAUUUCCAUUCCAAGCGAGGCAUGUGGAACCGCCGCCAAAUGAGGUCGCCAUAA